GUAAAUGAGCGGUUGAAGUCAGAUAUUAUUGCUCCUCUUCCGCCGCUGACGGCUGUUUUGGAAAGGUGACAGCGGCGCCGGUUUCGCCAGUGACUGGCUUUUUUGGUAAACCAGUUAUUCGACUUUGUGCUCCUCCUCCCGCCCCUUGUACUGGUACGGUGGCCGAGGAGGCUCGCGUGCGGCGGAAGUACCGGGCGGUGGGUCUGAGCGCUAGGGCCGGAGGCGCACGUGGCGCCGGGAGGAGCGAGCAUGUCUUUCCGAGGCGGAGGUCGUGGGGGUUUUAAUCGAGGUGGAGGUGGCGGCUUCAAUCGCGGCGGCGGCAGCAACAACCACUUCCGAGGUGGAGGCGGCGGUAGUUUCAGAGGCGGCGGCGGCGGCCGGGGAGGAUUCGGACGAGGGGGUGGCCGCGGAGGUUUUAACAAAGGCCAAGACCAGGGACCUCCGGAACAUGUGGUUUUGUUAGGAGAGUUCCUGCAUCCCUGUGAAGAUGACAUAGUUUGUAAAUGUACCACAGAUGAAAAUAAGGUGCCUUAUUUCAAUGCUCCAGUUUAUUUAGAAAACAAAGAACAAAUUGGAAAAGUGGAUGAAAUAUUUGGACAACUUAGAGACUUUUAUUUUUCAGUUAAAUUGUCAGAAAACAUGAAGGCCUCUUCCUUUAAAAAACUACAGAAGUUUUAUAUAGACCCUUAUAAGCUGCUGCCACUGCAGAGGUUUUUGCCUCGACCUCCGGGUGAGAAGGGACCUCCGAGAGGUGGUGGCAGGGGGGGUCGAGGAGGAGGAAGAGGAGGAGGCGGCAGAGGUGGCAGAGGCGGUGGCUUUAGAGGUGGAAGAGGAGGCGGAGGCUUCAGGGGAGGAAGGGGCGGUGGUGGUUUCAGAGGGAGAGGACAUUAAGUGGACAGUUGACAGAGAAACUUCUCAGGCUGACUUCUGCAUUAACCUGCACGAUCUACUUCUCUGGAUCAGAAAGUUGUUUCUGGAGCAAGUCCUGAAGAACUGGUCUUUUUAUGACCAUGGAACUGAAACAUCAGCGUCCUGCAGAAACAAGUGCAACAGAGUAGGCAGUUUUGCUCUAAAAGACCAUGAAAAAGUGUUCCGGUGUUUUGUACAACGCUUGGAAGUCUGUGCUUGCUUAAUAAAUGGACAGUUUUUAUUUGAAGCUUAUUUGAAUUUUUAAAAUAAAGUGUUUUAUUCCUUUAGCUUA